AUGGCUUGGCUUAUUCUAACUCAACUUAAUGGUGAACUGCAGUCUUUCUCUCUCAAAGAUGCCGAACUCCUCUGGAGCACAAAGCUUCACGGUGGUCCAUUACUAUACUGUGGAGAGAGAAAAAGUACGGAGGCGGAAUCUCGGCUGUGGACACACCGUCCAUCUCUCUCAACGUGUUCACGCUGUCCACUCACCUUACGCCGCAGCUGUGAAGAUGUACUGAUGUCUAAACCGAAGACACAAGAGACGGAGUCCGUUCCACUGGAUUUUCAAGAGAAUGAAAAUAUGAAGUGCUGUCUCGUUUCAUCUACUCAUACAGAUGAUGCGGUGAGUACACCUUCUCAGAAGUGGUGCUUUUAUCUUGAUUCUCUUGUUACUCCUUCUUUACAUGAUGAUAGUGAUAAUGAUAAUAAUAGUGAUAAUAAUGAUAAUGAUAAUGGUAAAGCUGUUGGAAUGUAUGUGGAUGAACUACUUCAACAGUGGAAUGAUAAUUCCUGUCCUCUUCACAGAGCUGUGGAACUUCUCCAUAAGGAGAUGUUAUACGUAGAAUUAGAUUUGUUUACUGGAAGAUUAUUGUCGUGUUUUUCAAAUGCAGAUAGCUAUUGUAAUAAUGAUUUGAAGAUAGCAAGAGAUGAUAAUGUAUCCCUGCGUUUACUUUUAAAACGUACAAAUAUUUCUAGAAGUGUAAUGUUUCCACCGCAGCGAGUACCAACACCUUCUCUUAUAAAUAGCAACUAUUCCGAAGAGAGUAUUACUUCUCAUACCUGGUAUGUUUUAAAUUCUAAAGUGGAACUUGAAUUACUUGAAACAUCUAUAAAUAAUGAUUUUCCUUAUGAGCCUUGGCUACAUGCCGCAGAUCAUUCUUUUUUUUAUAUUAAUCAAAUACCAACAAGUGAAGGGGUAAACGCCUAUUUACGAUCAUCUUGUGAAUUGGAAAAGUUUACAGAAUUGAAAUUUACGGUUACUUCUCCAAUUAUAUCUGCUUAUCUUCUAUGGGCGGAUCAAUCUACAAAUGCUAGUAUGGAUGAUGGUGCUGGUAUGAUGUCAUCUGUGCAUUGUCAAGAGAUUCCAGUUGUGCUUUCUGAAGGAUUUCCAGGAAAAAAAAUUCUUGUGAAAUCUCCAAAUCUACAAGAGCAGAAUAAUAAUAAUAAUAAUAAUAAUGAAACGAAAGAAAUACUCUCUGGGUUUCUUGAUAGUGAUUCACGUGUUCUCUUUGUGGAAUCUAAUGAAAUGAAGAUUACGUUGACAUCUCCUCAUAAAUUAUUAUUCCCACAUCCAAAUGAAGAUAUGGAUAGUCAAUCAUCUCAAGAUGAAAAUACUGAAGAAGAAGAGGAGGAAGAGGAAGAAGAAGAAGAAGAAGAAGAGGAGGAGGAAGAAGAAGAAAGAAUGUUUCUAUUAAAUGGAGAUGACUCCGACACGACAGAGGAAUCGCCUUCAAAAAGUGGAACUAGUGAAAAUGCAAUGGUAGUAUACAGAGGAAUCCCAUCUAAACAGGGUAACAGAAGUGAUACUAACGCUCUGCUCUCUACACAUGUGGAAUCUUCUUUCUUUGAUGAAAACUUUGAGGUGAAGUCUCUUUUAGGCCGUGGGGCUUCUGGUGUUGUUCUUCUCGUUCGACAUCGAGUGACUGGUGUACUUUAUGCUGUCAAGGUGAUGUUGGCUCGGGAUUACUUUACAGAGAAUGAUGUCCUUCGCGAAGUACGGCUGCAUGCCCAUCUACACAACAGAAAUCUUGUACGUUACUUUGCCUGUUGGUCAGAGGCCAUUACACCAUUUCGAGUACUGCAACUCGCCAGGAUUGGUCUCUGUAGUGGAAAAGAUGUAAGGAAAAUAUGUGGGAAGAAUAAUUCCAAUUGUAUGCAUCUUGUGAAUACCCAACGGGAGACUCCACUGAACGUGGAAGAGAAGAUUAACUGGAUGUUACCACCACUACCACCAACAACAACAGCAGCAGCAACAAAAACUACCAAAAGAAGUACAUCAACAGUACCAUUAUCUGCAAAUAAUCGCAAUCUUCUUUUGGGACCGCCUCCAGUGGAAAAAGAUGCCACCGCAUAUCUUGUUGGAGAUGAAAGUAUGGAUGAGAGCUCAGCAACUUCUUGUAGUUCUGAAGAUGAUAAAUCUAUGGGAGAUGAAUCUUCUGAAGUUACUUCAUCUGAGAAUAGUAUAAGUAAUUUUUUGGGUCGAGUGGUGUUUCUUCAACUUGAGUAUUGUCAAACUACUCUGGCUCAUCGCUUGGGGUCUAGAACUGAAAUAGAUCGUUUGGAAAAUAUUAUCAUCGCAUUACAAUUAUUUUCAGGAUUACGAUAUAUUCAUAAGUGUGGUUGUUUACAUCGAGAUAUUAAACCAACAAAUAUUUUCCUUGAUUACCGCUCUCAAAUGGGAAUUGUAGAUGAUAAUAGUGAUGAUAUGAGUGAUGAUGAUUCUGAUUAUGACAAUAGUAUGGAAGAAGAAAACGAAAAAGAAGAAGAAGAAACGGUUGUGCGUAAUGGAUGUACACGAGAGAAAGAGUUGACAGAUGGUAAACAUUUGCCAGACUUAUUUGUACCCUCACCUUCAGCCUUUGAUUUCCUGAAAAAGAAUAUCAGAGUAGGUUCAUUGGCAGUUUAUUUAAGACAGUUAAGAGAUGCAAAGUGUGAAAGAAAAAAAGAAAAAAUACUACGAUCUGUACGAGUUUGGCUUAAGAGGCGUCUUGUUCAAGUUCGUAUUGGAGAUUUUGGUCUAUCUAAACCUCUCAGUGAUCAGCGAAUGGAUAUUGCGAGUUACUUUGAUAACAGUACUAUAAACACUGUAGGAAUUGGUUCCCCCAUCUACUCUAGUCCAGAGCAAUUAAAUGGAGAUAUCUGUACACCCGCCACGGACAAUUUCGCAGCUGGAGUGGUGUUGGCAGAAAUGUAUUUUCUUCCCAAGACAAUAUCAGAGCGUCUGGUGGAACUGCGGCGUGUGCGUGAAGGGACUUUUCCCAAUCCACAUCUCUUAAAGAGAUACCCAGAGCUGCAGGUGGUGCAGAGUUUAACACACUCUAAUCCAGAGAAGCGUAUGAAACUCCGAGACGCCACUCGAAUGUUGGCAAAAACGGCAAAUGAUUUAUUACUUUCAUUCUUUCAGAGUCAUGGAUAUUAG